CCCGGACGGCGCGUGCGCCCGGUCCUGGUGGGUCCCCGGCCCCCGCUACCCACGCGCCCCGAGGAACGGACGCCGGCCGCCCAGACAUGCCUGUGGGACGCGUUAAGGUGCAGAGUCCUGGGCCGUGACCCAGACCUUCGGAUAGCUGCAUAGGGCAGAGCCCAGAGCUGGAUUUUCUGACAGUUCUCAGUGUAGUGUAAGAAGCACUUCUCCUCGGUUUCGGAAGCUAUAGGAAUCCAGGAUACAGAACAGAAAACGUUAGUGUGUUUGGUGCUGGUGUUUGAAGCUUCCGCCAUUGCCCCAGGAUUCAGGGUACACCAGGUACUCUUGGCACGGCUUCACCGGACACAAUUCGUCGUGGCUGCUUGCUUUUGACUUACUCAUUUAUAGAGGAACUUUGUAUCAAUGCCAUAAACGCAAAAGCAGUAUCACUUGACAUACAGAAACAGUAACAGAGAUAAACAGUGGAAACGUGCAGGAACGUCAUCGUCUUGUCCGGGGCUGCCGGGGGCCUGGGCAGCAUGGUGCCCUCCAGCCAGGCGGCGGAGAAGCAGAUGCCUGCGGAGCCGGGGCCAGACCCUGAGCUCAAGUCCUGGAGGUGCCUGGUGUUCUAUCUGUGUUUCUACGGCUUCAUGGUGCAGUUGCGGCCCGGGGAGAGCUUCAUCACACCCUACCUCUUGGGCCCCGAUAAGAACUUCACACGGGAACAGGUCACCAACGAGAUCACGCCGGUGCUGUCCUACUCCUACCUGGCGGUGCUGGUGCCCAUCUUCCUGCUGACCGACUACCUGCGCUACACGCCGGUGCUGGUGCUGCAGAGCCUGAGCUACGUGUCCGUGUGGCUCUUGCUGUGGCUGGGCCGCUCGGUGCUGCACAUGCAGCUCAUGGAGCUUUUCUACAGCGUCACCAUGGCCGCCCGCAUCGCCUACUCGUCCUACAUCUUCUCGCUCGUGCGCCCCGCCCGCUACCAGCGCAUGGCCGGCCACUCGCGGGCGGCCACGCUGCUCGGCGUCUUCACCAGCUCCGUGCUGGGCCAGCUGCUCGUCAGCGCGGGCGGGGUGUCCUUCUCCACGCUCAACUUCGUGUCGCUCGGCCUCCUCGCCUUCAGCCUGGUCCUCGCCCUGUUCCUGAAGCGGCCCAGACGCAGCCUCUUCUUCAACCGCGACGCCCCUGUGUGCCGCGGGGCCGCGCCCUCCGAGCUGGGCCGCAUGAACCCGGACGCCGGGCCGGGCCGGGCGCCGCGGGGGGCCUGGCGGGACUGGACGCUGGUGCGCAUGCUCUGGGAGCUGGGGCGCAACCUGCGGUCGCCGCAGCUCCGCCUCUGGUCCCUCUGGUGGGUCUUCAACUCGGCCGCCUACUACCUGGUCGUCUACUACGUGCACAUCCUGUGGAACGUGGUCCACCCCACCACGGACUCCACCUCGGUCUACAACGGGGGGGCGGACGCCGCGUCCACCCUGCUCGGUGCCAUCACGUCGUUCUCCGCGGGCUUUGUGAAGAUCCACUGGGCGCUGUGGGCGAAGCUGGUCAUCGCGGGCGUGACGGCGCUGCAGGCCAUGCUGGUCUUUCUCAUGUACAGCACCAGCAACAUCUGGCUGUGCUACCUGGCUUUUGUGCUCUUCCGUGGUGCCUACCAGUUCCUGGUGCCCAUUGCCACUUUUCAGAUCGCGUCUUCUCUCUCUAAAGAGCUCUGUGCCCUGGUCUUCGGAGUCAACACAUUCCUUGCCACCGUCCUCAAGACCAUCAUCACUCUCAUUGUUUCUGACAAGCGGGGUCUAGGCCUCCCAGUCCACUCACAGUUUCUUGUCUACUUCGUGUACUUCCUGGUGCUGUUUGGUGUCUACCUCUUGGGGGCCAUGCUGGUGGUCCUGCAGCACUUCCAGGCCAGCCGCCGCGCGCCCCCGCCCCCGGAGCUGAGGAGCCCUGCGGAGGAGAAGGCCAUGCAGGUGCUGAGCGAGCAGGAUGGCGGCCUCAGCAGCCUGCAGCCCGAGGCCCUGCCCCUGGCCUCCCAGGAGCAGAACCAGCAGCCCGAGGCCAAAGCCUGACCCUUGGACACCAGCGGCCGCCCGCCAGCAUCCUCCACGUCCUGGGGCCUUGGCAUCUCAGAACAGAUGCCCCCUCCACGCCCCCACAGGUGGCCCGCCCCUUGGUGUCAGCGAUCCAGGUUUCCGGCCUCGUCCACGUUACAGGGUUCAGAUUGUGGAGCCAGUGGUGACCAGCGGGGACCCUCCAUGGUACCUCCCUGUGACCUGUACCUCGGGGGCAGCCUGCCUCAGGAGGGGCCUUGGCUUGUCCUGCAGUGGCCCGAGGACGGUGCUCCUCCGCCCUGCUUGGCGCUCUGGCCCUGUCCCCCGCCCACACGUGGUGGGCAGUGGGGAUUCACAUGCCCACCAGGCCUCCCCACCAUCACCCCCCACCCUGGGAAGCAGGCCCUGCUUGUCCCUGGGGACCAGUGACUGGGAUAGGGACUCGGGCCCCCGCAGUGCGAGGCUGGGAGCCCUGAUUUGUGCGGACUGUGGCUCAGUUGUCCAGGUACUUGCUUUAGACAAUGCUCUUCCUUUUUUUAAAAAAAUUGACCUACACGAGAAA